UUCCAUAUCAACGCCAUGGGCCAGUACGAUCCAAUACUGGACUACCUGCAAGGUCAAGAGCCUGAGAAGUAUAAAGAUGACGACUGGGUUUACGAUAGAAGUAAGAACAACUACCCUAUGCACAGGUACAAAGAAUCUGAGACGAUGUUCUUGCAUUGUAAUCAGCCGAAGCUAUACCCAUGGGACAUUGAUGGUGAUGGAUACAGAAAGAUCCACGACGCUGCGGGCAAUACAAGAAGGCUGUAUUCCCAUUACCUUCACGAGGAGUUAGGUUUUGAUGCUGAGGCCAAGAUCUGGGAAUCCAUGCAAUGGUUACUGUGUAACCAUGGUGAUAUGAUGAUCAAAGGAUUAGACGCACCAGAUCUUUGGUGCAAGAAAGUCACAGAUCAUCUGCAUUGGCUAAGAGCACAUCCAGAAGAUAUUGAGAUCAACGCGGAAAAUAUCGAUAGUCAAUGA